AUGGAAGAAAAACCUGAAACUGUAAAGCUGACUUACACAAUUCACAAAUAUUCAAGUUACUCUGCGAAUUACAUGCCAGAGAACAUAAUGGUAGAUGAACCAUCUGAUCAAUUAUCCAGAUGGUUCACAGACAGUAAUACGCCUUCCCAAUACAUAAUGCUCAAACUAAAAUCUCCAGCGAUCGUGGAAACAAUAAAAUUCGGAAAGUAUAAAAAAGCUCAUGUAAGUGACCUGAAGAAAUUCCAAAUAUUUGGAGGAAUGGAUGAAAAUAACCUAUCAUUGUUACUAUCGGCUGGUCUAAAGAAAGACAAUCAAGCAGACCCAUUUCGUCUGCGACAUCGAACUCUAGAAGGCCUGUACCUUCCCAUACAGUACAUAAAAAUAGUGCCGCUGCAGUCGUGGGGACCUGCAUACAACUAUACUAUCUGGUACAUAGAGCUGCAGGGCAAAAACCAAAUGGAUUUGAUAAGCAAUGCAUUGGAUACUAUUAAUUUGCGUAAAGAAGAAGAAGCAGUACGUAUACUCCUUAAACAUUUACGGCGGCGCCGGUACAAGGACGCUUUCGAAGCGCUGUCGCGCGAAAGCGGAGUGCAACUUGAGGGCCCCUUGCAGGCUAGAUUAUGGAACGCGUUAGUUGAGAAUGGCGACUAUAAACUCGCUGAGGAGAUUCUUGAAGAGGCUAUGCAAGAAGGCGAAUUCGAUUGGUACAUGUCUUGGCAACCAUACAAGCCUGUAUGGCGGCAGAUGUCAGCGUGUUCGUCUGGCGUGGAGGCAGAACUGUGUUGCGGUGAUCUACAGACGCCGCGUAUCAGGGACACUUGCUGCGCAGACGCCGACAGGCCCGAGGAGCUGCCGCCGAACGCGAAUGGAGUGGUGGAGGUGUCGGAGCCGUGUCACGUGACGACCGCGAACCCGAGUGCGUCCAGCAGCUGCUGCUCCAAGCCUGGCCCUCGCGGCGGACACCAGCUCGUCGUCGAUGCCACCACAGGUACACUAUACCUCUUUGGGGGUUGGAACGGCACUGAAGACCUCGACGAUCUGUGGUCAUUCAAUACAGUGACGGAACGUUGGUCCCUCCUUUGCUGGCACAGUAAUCAUGUGGGCGGGCCAUCACCACGCUCCUGCCACAAGAUGGUGUUAGACCCGCUGCGGCGCCGACUGUACACACUCGGACGAUAUUUAGAUAAUGCACAACGAGUGCCAGCUAACAUGACCAGCGACUUGUACAUGUACGACAUCGAAGCCGGUACGUGGACUCUCGUGUGCGGUGACACGGCAGCGGCAGGGGGGCCCCGGCUCGUAUUUGACCACCAGAUGUGCAUCGACCCAGACACGCAGACGAUUUACGUAUUCGGAGGACGCGUCUUACCAGCUAAUACCGAGGAGGUGGUGACGCCACAGUACUCCGGGCUGUACGCGUACUACGUGGCGACGGGCUCGUGGCAGCUGAUGCUCGCCGACCGACACGAGCUGCCCGCGCCGCAGCCGCGUGUCGCCCAUUCCAUGCUCUUCCACCCAGUCCAGCGACGCCUAUACAUCUUCGCCGGACAACGCAACAAAGAGCACCUGCUCGACCUGUGGUGGUGGGACGUGAGUACGGGCCGCUACGGCGCAUUGUGCGCAGCCGCCACGGCCUGUCCACCCGUAGCUGGGUUCACGCAGCGGGCCACUCUGGACCCAGACACCGACGAGAUGUUCGUGCUAUCGGGCAUGAGCAAGGAGAAAGACAAGCGCGUGUACAACACUCUGUGGGUGUUUUCGUUGACCCGCAUGACGUGGACGUGCGUGUACCGCAACGACACCGUUUCCCCCGACGAGCCGCGGCCGAGGUUUGCGCACCAGCUCGUCUACGACCCCGUGAAAAAGAUUCAUUAUCUAUUCGGUGGCAACCCUGGUAUCCAAACAAGCCCACGAUUACGAUUGGACGACCUCUGGGCUUUACAACUGACGCGGCCAUCCAUAGAGAGGGUAUUCUUAACAGCUAGAGCUGCGCUGAGAGAGGCUUGCUUUAAAGAACUUUGUGCUUCGGGGAAAGAACUCACCGCAGUUGAGUACUUGAGGAAUGACGUUAGGACGGCAUUGGAUCACAGUGACCCACAGCAGGUGGAGCGGUUCCAGAAGCUGGCCACGGUGCUGUUCAGCGGCGGCGCGGGCGAGCUGGACGUGGCGGCGGCGCUGUCGCCGCGGCGCACGCGCACGCUGCACUCGCGCCGCAUCGCGCAGCGCGCGCCGCCCGACCUGGCGCAGGCGCUGGCCGCCGUGCUAGGAGCAGACGACAAUAUGCCCGAGCCUACGCAGCCGUUCGAAGACAUAGCGGUCCUCCCCGUAGACACGUGGGACGUCGGCGAAGAUGCAGACUGUCCCCCUCCGUCACCCGCCUGGAAUAUGCGCGCAGCACGACUCACUCUUUACGACAACUUGUGCCAAUACUUCAGACCCAGUUCGGUGCCUCCGCAACAGAAUGUCACCGAGUUGGUUAAUUUGUAAACGUGGUAACAGGUAACAUAUGUAAUAACUAUGAGAAUCAAAAUACCUAGUUCUUGUUAAGCGGCUUUUGCUCCGCUUGCAAUAUUUAUAGUAUAUUAACACCGAGCAUAUUAUCAGAAAUAGAUACGAAAAGUUAUUUAAUUUGGUUAAAAAUUAUUUUGCCAAAUCAUUACAGUGACUACUGCGCUC